AUGGUGAUAACGAGGAGGACGACGAGCAGGAGGAGCAGGCAGAGGCCGAGGAGGACCCGCAGAGCAAGAAGCGCAAGACCGCGGAGGCCGAAGAGGAGCAGAACGAGGAGGCCAGCGACUAAAACCACGCUUGUAGAGGAUGUGCUCGCCGGUGGCACUCAGUUUACAAUACUAUUGUUGCCCCAAGAGAGCUGCUGA